UUUCCUGUCGGACUGUUUUUCUGGAUGGACCGGUGCACCUUGAACCUGCAGUACACACCUCUCUUCUCUCCCUCUUUGGGUUUUUCCCUUCUUUCUUUCCCCUGCUUUCUUUUUCCCUCCUCCCUCCCUCCGUUGGUUCUUCCACGAUGUCCGGCCUCACGCGUCUGCUCCGCCCCGGGGCCGCGGCCUCCAGGCGGCCGUGGCACCGCACCGACGCGGCGAAGUGCGCCGCUUCGUGCGGUUCGGACGCCGACUUGUCCGGCCCCCGCCCCGGCCCCCGCCCCGAGCGGCGGCGGUACGCGACCGGCAGCUCUGCCGGGACCCGACCGGUCCGGAUCGGCUGCGCUUCCGGGUUCUGGGGCGACACCGCGACCUCAGGUACGGACGCUGAGAGCUGUCGCAGCUAACUGGUUAGCAUUAGCUACACCAGCUCUUCCCACUGAGUUCAAGAACAUGCCUCAGCUGAUCUACAGCGGGAAGCUGGACUUCCUGGUGUUUGACUACCUCAGUGAGAUCACCAUGUCUCUGCUCACCGCCGCCAAGGCCAAGAUGCCUAACAUGGGUUACGCUCCGGACUUCGUCCAGGUGGCUCUGGCCCCGUUCAUUAACGACAUCCACAGGAAAGGUAUUCGCGUCGUCAGCAACGCGGGAGGCGUGAACCCUCUGGCCUGCGCCGAGGCCAUACAGGAAGUCGUCAAGAAGGCGGGCCUUGACCUCAAGGUCGCUGUGGUGACCGGCGAUGACCUCAUGCCCCAUAGAAGCAGCCUCGCUGAAGUAAAGAUGGCAGACGGCGGGAGCAAACAACGGUUACCAAAAACGCUGCACAGCAUGAACGCUUAUCUUGGGGCCUCUCCGAUCCGGCGGUGUCUGGAUCUCGGGGCAGAUAUCGUGGUGACGGGACGCUGUGUGGACAGCGCCGUGGCCCUGGGGCCACUCAUGCACACGUUUGGAUGGGAGAAGAACGACUAUGACCUACUUGCUGCUGGGAGUCUCGCAGGUCACCUGAUCGAGUGCGGAGCUCAGUGUACAGGCGGGAUCUUCACCGACUGGCACAAAGUUCCUGACUGGGACAACAUGGGCUUCCCGGUGGUCGAGUGUUCCACCGACGGCUCCUUCAUCCUCUCCAAGCCGCCCGGAACCGGCGGCCUCGUCUCCUUCGGCACGGUGGCCGAGCAGCUGGUGUACGAGAUCGGCGACCCGCGGCGCUACCUGCUGCCCGACGUCACCUGCGACUUCAGCCGGGUGGCCAUCAAGGAAGUGCCGGGUGUAGAGGGAGGAGCCGUCACAGUGACCGGGGCAAAGGGCUUCGCUCCGUCACAUGACUACAAGGUGUGUGCGACCUACAUGGACGGUUUCAGGGCGACGGCGGUUUGUCCAGUCGGCGGGCCGCGGGCGGUGGAAAAGGCCAGACGGACGGCGGACAGCAUCAUCAAACGGACAAAGCGGAUUUUCAAGCAGCUUGGACUGGAAGAUUUUAACUCCGUCAACGUCCAGGUCCUCGGAGCUGAGGACACUUACGGUGCCAACGCUCACACCAAGGGCUCCAGGGAGGCAGUGAUCUGGAUGGCCGUCCACCACAAACAGAAGAAAGCUCUGGAACUCUUCUCCAGAGAAGUUGCUCCUGCAGGAACCGGCAUGGCUCCUGGACUCACCGGCAUCGUGGGCGGACGUCCCCGAGUGUCUCCUGUGCUGAAGCCGUUCUUCUUCUUACACCCCAAAUCUCAACUGAAGGCGGACAUUCACAUGGCUGGACAGUUGGUGGAGUCACUGUCAGAGGCGGGACCAGACACACCUGAGCAGGAGGCUCCUCCCACUUCAUCUGAGGACGCACCUGACGUCGACCUCCCGGCAGGACCACACAGCUACAGGCUGGAGGAACUGGCGUUCACCAGGAGCGGAGACAAAGGAGACUCGGCGAACAUCGGAGUCGUCGCCCGUCACCCUCUCUUCUUCCCAUACCUGAAGAAACACCUGACUACUUCUGUGGUGGAGGAGUUCUUCUCCCACCUGAUCCAGCCGGGGGUUGCCGACGCCAUCACGCGAUUCACUCUUCCCGGGAUCCACGGCCUCAACUUCGUCCUGCAGAGUUCACUGGGUGGAGGAGGGGUGGCGUCCCUGCGCAGCGACCCCCAGGGCAAAGCCUUCGGUCAGAUGCUGCUGGACGUGGAGCUCAGAGGACUGCCCGACCUCAAGUCGCUGGUGGAAUGAGCGGCGUUGGCGAGGAGGCCGAGCGCUGUGGGCGAAUGGAAGACGAUCGCAGUGAGACAUUCAUCUCCUCAGACACACAGAGGAUGUAAUUUUACGAUCAUGUGCGCGAGAAAAUAAUCCAAACCUAAAGCUUGAGUUCACUUCACAAACCCAACAGACAGACGAGUCCACGCAGUCGUCAAGAUCUGCACAAGGUUUCAGACGUUGGCACAUAUUCACAGGGUUCCAACCACAAAUGUGAAAAAACAAAAAGGGAAAGUCCAGGAAAGUGUCAGAUCAAACGCCACCACGCCAUAAAUAAGUAGUUGUUUUUUUAUGAGGGGGGGAGUCUGAAUGUUAAAGGUUCGACCUCGGGACGAGCUUCUUGAGAAACAAAUCCGUCCCAAGACGCUCUGCGGCGGUGACCACCAGGAGGCUUUGGUUCGUUCAGGAGCAACCAACAAACAACGUCGUGUUCUAAUAGUUCGUCCCCCACAUGUCACGUUAAGAGUUUUUUUAAAAGCCGCUGGUCUGAGACUUAAAGAGGAGACGAUGUCGUCGGCACAAGGAAAGUCGCAGGCUCCGUCCACACACCGACACUUGUAGGUUUUAAACGUUUCUCCGUCCCCAGAGGCGCCACGUGACCACAACGUGGAUUUAAACUCCUCACCGGCUUCAGGGGAGCUGCCUCUCCGACCUCUGACCCUCCCCUGAAGAAGGGGGAAGCGGCGGCUUGGGUUUCCCUCGCAGGGGAAACAAAAGAAUCGGCCCUGGCAGAUCUCGGAGGAGACGCGUGCUCGCAGGCCUCGGGGGUCGACCGGGCUCAAACGCCUGCGUGGUUUCCAGCCGCGGCGCGUUCACCUCGACGUGACCAGGCUCCGAUGUUCGCCGCCCCGCAGGAAUGUGCGUCUCCUUCCACCACAAACCGACUCGGAGGCCUCCGCUCUGUUUGUCUCUAAUUGCAAACAGGCCGAGUCGCUGCUCGGCUCCUGUCAUGGACGAGAACUCCUCUUACCCACGUCCUCUGAAUCAUUUCCUCCGGCCGCCGCCGCCCCUUAACUUUUCCUUUUACGGUCUGUUCCUGGGUUUUCAUGGAGAAUUGUCUCUCCGACCUUUUGCCUCCUUUAAUACGUUGGGAAACUGGUAUAUCAAUAAGUAUUUUGUCAAACAGACGACUCUGAACACAUAAAGAGGGAAACCACAUCAGACGCCUUCCCUCGGUCCUGACAGACACACAGAGACAAUAAAACCAUAAGUGACAACAAGACAGAUCUCUCCAGACGUGAUUGAAAACAGAGAUUGACGAGUGUGAGGACGAAGAUUCACACGGGAAAAAUAAAAAUUAAUAAAUCCAUCAGAAUGAUUUGGGAGUUUGACAGAUGAGGCUGAAGUGGUCAUUAAAUAAAAUAAAAAAGGGGAGGUGUUAAAUCAAAUCUGUAAAUUAAGACUGAAUCUGUGUUUUUGUAAAAAGCCCAACGUGACAUCACCACUUCACUUGAAAACGCUCUGACGUCUCAGUGAUGAAGCGGAGGUCAGAUAGAUUCACAUCUGUCCUCCAUAUUGUCCUUUUGUGUAGUACUUGGAAGAAACUCUUCAUCAUUGUUGUGGGACAACAUUUUCUGACUAAUUCUUCAUCAGGCCUCAAAAAAAUAAAUAACGUGGACCACAUGAUGUUUUUUUCCAAAACACAUCAGUUGUUGCUCAUUUGUUUUAGUCAAUUCUCCAUUUCGACGUAGUCGACGGGCAAAACCUUUAGUUUCUCAAGUCCGAAGCAGCAGGGGUUCACUUCCCAUGGUGCCGCUGCUCAUUUACGAAAAAUAUGUUCUUAUGCACAAGGAAAUAAAGAAAAACACUCUGCAGUGUCUCUGAAUAUGGCAACACACACGACUACGCUACGGUUACACCUGGACGCCUCUGAAACAACCUCCAAAAUAAACCGUGCAAGCAGAAACAUUCUCUCUGAGUUUGCAGUAAACCAGUUAGCUGAUUAGAAAAAUGAAUUCAUAUCAGCACCACUCGUGACCGCCUGUGCCAAAUGUCACGGCAAUCCGUCCAUUAGCUGUUGAGAUAUUUCACGCUUUCGAAAAGGGUCCCAGUAUUGAGCCUUGUUUAUUUUAGCAGAUUUAAAACAGAAGCAACAGAAGCAUAAAGACCCGAAAGGUGACGGUCCAGCAAAGGGCUAACAAAUAUCUAACCACAGACGUGCCUGCAUCCUUUGUAAGUUUUCUACGUUUCAUAAUAAUCCACUCAGUACUUUAUUGUAGAUAUUUUAGUUUGGACCAGUGUUGCUUUAAGGGUGAAAAAAAAGCAAAGGACCAAGAAUGGAGCCUUGUGGAACACCAGAUCAUUUCUGUUUGAAAUCUACUUAUUAAAACAUAGAACUUUCUUUUGGACAGAUUCACAUCAAACUGUAAUUAAUAACUGUAGCACUGAUCCACUGAGAAGCCUCUGUUCUUCAGUUAUUGAAGACAGUCUGUGGUAAUCUAUCCAGCAGUUGAUGCGAUCUGGACCAUGCUGUUGCUAGUCGGGCAAAAAAAGCAGAGGUCCAAGAAUUGAACCCUGUGGAACACCAUAGAUUAAAAAACCCUCUUAUAUCAGAUUGUAGGUGUCACUGUGUUUUUGUUGAAUAUUUUAAUAAUUCUCAGGAUGUUUUCGGCCUCACUGUGGAACCACAUGUGUAUUUUCUACCACGUCAGUUUGAGGUUCUCCUUCACGUUACCGCUCGUCGUCCAUUUGGGGAAAUUAACUUUUUGAAUUAAAUAAAUUUCUUUAAACCACAUGAGAUUUAGCUCGUAGAAUGAGAAAAUUAUUUUAGAUUAAAAAAGGUAAAAUCAUGAGCAAUUGUAACUUGUAAAGCAACUAACUCUCCUCUGCCUUGUAUUUCGAUUUUUCUUUCUUCUCUCUGCAAAGAGAAAACCACUAACUGCCUUGUGAGUGGACCUGUGUGAUUUUGUAGAUAAUAACUGAAGAGAUUAAAGAUAUUUAUAUGAACACCA